UUUUUUAGGUCGACUGUUUCCUGCACCUACGCCAACAUUGUUAACUUGUCGAACGCUUGUCGUCUGUUAAACCUCUUAAAGCGUGCAUUCGUUUACAUUUACUGAGGUUUAUGUCGGAUUAAACGCGAAUAAUGAGUUUCUUGUACCUUAAAGGUGCUGUGUUUUUCACCUUUAUACCUGUAGUGCUGAAUCUCGGACUUCUGGAUGAUGGGAAUUCUCUGAACUGUACACAAGAGGAAGUACCUUGUACAGCAGUUUUUAAUAAUUGCUUGUAUAAAGGAUGGUUAAUUCCUUCAGCUUUCACUCCCAGCGCACCAGAUGAUUUCAAAGUGAGUUUUGAUGUCAGAGAAAACAUGAAAGGUGAUUUGGAGCCAGUGAUUGUGGCAGAAUGGAAAGCAAAAGAUGAUGGAAGCAUAAGCCAUUUGAAUGGAACAGAGCUUAGUGUGAUGAAAUCAUCCACCAACGAACAUCUAUGCGUUCAUUACAAUUUCCUCAAACCCUUUAAGACCAUGAGAAAUCGUGCUGGAGAAAAGUGGUCUUUUUCUCUGGAUAAAGUUGUGGUAGAUCCAGGCAGCACAUAUGUCGUGACUGUCUCAAACCUUCCCAAGCCAAAUUUAGACCACACCUUUUAUAAUGUUAGAAAAACAUUUCAAGUUCCAGGUUGUGAUGAUCCUUUGAUGCGAAAGACCAAGAUCUGUUUUGAGAGAGGGGAUACAUGGCAACCCAAUAUUACAGUAGGGAGAACCAAAGAUCCACAUGGCAAAGAUAUUCUGUACGUUGCAUUCAAUCCCGGAGAGAAUGUUGAAAAAUACAACGUCUUUGUAAAUUGCAAUAGGAAAGAAACGAAGACUCUUUAUAAUGAGAGCAAGACUUUAUUAAAUGUGACAUAUGACUUGAAGAACUGGUCACGCACAUGCUGUAAUUUUGAUGUUCAGAUCCAGCCAUUUUUCCAAAAGUGUGCCAAUGACUGUCGUCGAAAGAGCCACAGUUUUAACAUUUGUGUUCCUGCUGUCCCUCCAGAGAAUAAUUGCACAAUCUGGAUCAUUUGGGUUGGAUUAUGCCUCUUACUUUGUGGCAUUGGUGUUUUCGCAGUUUAUCUGCGCUGCAGGAAACCACCACCAGCUGCAGAAAAGCCACCAGAAAAAGCUCCCCUGGAAACAACGCCAGUUCCACCCGGCCCACGCUCCAUAUUGAUCAUCUACUCUAGAGAUCAUCCUCUUUACACAGACAUCGUGCUAAAGCUCUGUGCCUUCCUCCGGGCCAAAUGUGGCACUGAUGUCAUGCUGGACCUACUGGACACAACUUGGCUCGGCACCAUCGGCCGACUGCAGUGGAUUGAGCAAAAAAAGCGACACAUCGAGCAGUCUUCAAACAAGAUCUUGAUCCUCUGCUCCCGAGGGGUUCAAGCCAAAUGGGGGGCAAUUUGCGGAGAGCCUCCCGUCCUCCUUCGGGAAGAUGUGCACUCUCCGGUUGGCGACAUGCUGACUCUCGCCCUACAGCUGAUCACACCUGAUAUGCAGCGUCCGGCGUCCUAUGGGAAGUAUUUGGUGGCUUAUUUUGACGAUGUAAGCACUGAAGCCGAUGUGCCGUCUUUGUUUGACAUUGCGGUCAAAUACAAGCUGAUGAAGCAUUUCGAAGAGCUCUACUUCCGCAUCCUCGAUGUGGAGAAGUAUCAGCAGGGGACGGAGCGCUGCAUCAAGGAUAUCGGAAAGGAUGAGUACUUCAACUGCCCCUCAGGGAAAGCCUUGAGGAACGCAAUCGAAACCUUCCAGGCGCACCAAAUGAAGAAUCCCGACUGGUUUGAGAAUGAGUUUGUGAACAGCGAGGAUGAAGCGAGAGUAGAAACGGAUGCACUUUUUGAGGUCCCACAAAUAUAUCAAUUAAUACCAAUGUGUAACAUCGGACCUCCCAUCCUAGUCAAAGAAGUGGACGUCCGUCCAGAAACCAAGAGCGUUUGUGCUGUAAUUCCUGAAAUUAAUGAGACGCCCGAAGAGUCGUCCAUGUUGAUUGUUAAUCCAAGAGUCCAUCCAAAAUACAGUGAAGUAGUUUCCUAUCAUCCCGCUGUGGAAUGUUCUAUUGAAAUACCAAGUGUGGCACCACAACUCUACCCAGGUCUCCUUGCUGAACCAGUAUCAGUUCCAGUGGAAACCUCAUAUCCUGAUGCAUUCCCAAUGGGAGAACCAUCAGACAUUUGUCUCACUGACUUGACAGCACCUCCACCUUCAAUGGAGGACAACUUCCAUCUGUAUCAAGAUAUGGACAUGUCCCAGCCUGUAGAGAUGGAGGAAAGUGAAAUGGAAGGAGCCUCUGAAACAAGGCCGUCACGGGGGUCUGAUCAGGGAUACGGAUCCAGAUAUUCCACAGUGAGGGAGGAACGCAAGUAUCAAGAGGAACAUUCCUCUCUGGCCAAAUUACAAAUGGAGCUUUUCCUGAACAGCCCCAUUUCUUCAGAUUUCUUCACUAAAACAAUGAGGAGCUGAUUUGGGUUGAAUGUUUUGGUUCUUGCUCAGCCUUAGCUGACACUCCCAAAACAUUCAAUCUGUUUGUGUCAGGAAUGACAACAGGAAACAGAUGGGCAAUGAGUUCAACCAUCGGCUAUUUUAUAAAGGAUUACUUGUUACACAUCACACAUGAUUCGACAUGAACACAAGAGUGUGUGAUUGGUUCACUUUUACUGUGGAGCAGAACAAGUACCUUGGUAAACAGCACAGCACAGCACAUGAUUUUUAAGCUUAUGUUUAGCUACUGAACACACGUCUAAGUAAUUUGGGCUUGCAAUGUUACUUUUGUCCUUGUUUUUUUUUUUUUAUAGGAAUUGCUGUAUUAUAUUGCACUAGAGUUACUUUCUUAAUAGUUUAUUCUAGAUAAAUCUCUCAACUUUGGAAGUCUGUAUAUAAUAGGAGUUUGUUUCUAAAUUUAUAAAGCAGCAUUCUUUGGUAA